AAUGCGUUCAAAAGAGAAAAAGCUUAUCAAACUAUAUGUCAGUGAGACAGCAAAACAAAUAUCUCGAGGACUUUUCAUAGCAACUAAUACUGUAAUUUCCGCCUUCUCAAGUAGAAUUUGGGUUGUAGCUAGAAAGUAUAUGAUUCUAAUGAAAAAAUGUUAUAAUUCGUUGGCAUAUCUAUCUACAAAAUUGAGAAGCGCUGACGUUGAAUGGAUAUCUUUCGAACUACCUCACGCUCUUGAAACUGACUCAACUGAAGGCACUAGCUUAAGAAGUGCCGCUACCGAACCUGAAAGUAUUACUGAUUCUUCUGGAAUUGAUCUUGGACAGCCAAUUCAGAGAAAAAAGACAAAAGAAACACCGGAAGAUUUAAUUAAAAAAAUUAAGGAAAACAUUUUCAAUUUAAAAUCAACACCAAACUUAAAAUAUGGAAAACAAAUUAAACUUGUAUUGAAAGACGAUGAGAAUCUUCGAGAUUUUAUUUUAAAGAAUUUCGUUAAAAUUCAAACAGUAGUAACUUUUGAAUUAAUAUGGGGAGAAAAUAAUUCAAACAACUACAAUUUUCCUAUAGAAAAUGCCGUUGGUUCUGGAAGUGAUAAUGAAGUAAUACUACCAGAAAAAGGUAAGGAUCCUGGAGACGAACUGGACAGUCUAAAGAAAGUUCUUGACAGAGAGUUUGAUAAAACUUUGAUAAAAGAUACAAAACAAGAUGUUGUGAUACCUCCACAAACACCUAAAGAAGAUACCAUUCAAGAUGUAGUGGUACCUCCCCAGAAACCUAAAGAGGAUACUAUUCAAGAUGUAGUGGUACCUCCCCAAAAGCCUAAAGAAGAUACUAUUCAAGAUGUUGUGGUACCUCCACAAAAGCCAAAAGAAGAUACUAUUCAAGAUGUUGUGGUACCUCCCCAGAAGCCUAAAGAAGAUACUAUUCAAGACGUAGUGGUACCUCCCCAAAAGCCUAAAGAGGAUACUAUUCAAGAUGUUGUGGUACCUCCCCAGAAACCUAAAGAAGAUACCAUUCAAGAUGUAGUAGUACCUCCCCAAAAGCCUAAAGAAGAUACCAUUCAAGAUGUAGUGGUACCUCCCCAGAAGCCUAAAGAAGAUACUAUUCAAGAUGUAAUUGCUCCUCCGCAAAAGCCUAUAGAAGAUACCAUUCAAGAUGUAGUGGUACCUCCCCAGAAACCUAAAGAAGAUAUUAUUCAAGAUGUAGUGGUACCUCCCCAGAAACCUAAAGAAGAUACUAUUCAAGAUGUUGUGGUACCUCCAAAAAAGCCAAAAGAAGAUACUAUUCAAGAUGUUGUGGUACCUCCCCAGAAGCCUAAAGAAGAUACUAUUCAAGACGUAGUGGUACCUCCCCAAAAGCCUAAAGAGGAUACCAUUCAAGAUGUAGUGGUACCUCCCCAAAAGCCAAAAGAAGAUACUAUUCAAGAUGUACUGGUACCUCCCCAAAAGCCUAAAGAGGAUACCAUUCAAGAUGUAGUAGUACCUCCCCAAAAGCCAAAAGAAGAUACUAUUCAAGAUGUAGUGGUACCUCCCCAGAAACCUAAAGAAGAUACUAUUCAAGAUGUAGUGGUACCUCCCCAAAAGCCUAAAGAAGAUACUAUUCAAGAUGUAGUAGUACCUCCCCAAAAGCCAAAAGAAGAUACUAUUCAAGAUGUAGUGGUACCUCCCCAGAAACCUAAAGAAGAUACUAUUCAAGAUGUAGUGGUACCUCCCCAAAAGCCUAAAGAAGAUACUAUUCAAGAUGUAGUAGUACCUCCCCAAAAGCCAAAAGAAGAUACUAUUCAAGAUGUAGUGGUACCUCCCCAGAAACCUAAAGAGGAUACCAUUCAAGAUGUAGUGGUACCUCCCCAAAAGCCUAUAGAAGAUACCAUUCAAGAUGUAGUGGUACCUCCCCAAAAGCCUAAAGAGGAUACCAUUCAAGAUGUAGUGGUACCUCCCCAAAAGCCACAAGAAGACACUAUUCAAGAAACAACUACAGCUGCCAUGAAGAUCACGACACAAACUACCGAAAGAACCACCAGUCAGACGACGAAGAGAAUCACUAGAAGAACCACAAAGAAGACUAGAAUUACUAGAAAACCUGCUUAUAAAAACAUUUGCAAGUAUGAUGUAAAAGGAAAAGCUGGAAACACUGACUCAUUUGUUUUGACUCUUUUGAAGUAUAUUAAUCUAUAUAGAAGUCGGCAAAGAUCAAGUAAUAUGCACAAAUUGGAAUGGAAUGCAACAUUAGCUUGUGAUGCCAAAAAGACUUCAAGGCUCUGCCGAAAAGGAUGGGCAAGAAAUUAUAUGCAGAUGACAGAUCGAGUAACUGAUGCAGAGAGCUACUUUCCAUCAUCGGUUAACAAGUUUUCGGAUAGUAGGAUAAUGAACAAGUUUCUCUAUUAUCGCAUAACUCAGCGCUGGUUUAAAUAUGAACAAGAAAGCUAUGAUUAUGUAACAGGAAGGUGCAGAAGAAACUGCGAUAGAUAUAAAACACUUACUUUGGCUUCGGCAACUGAGAUUGGAUGCGCAUGGAAUUUAUGUCGUAGAAGUGGAGGAAAGUCAGAUUUUUUUCUUGUAUGUAAUCUGACACCUGAUUCAAAUAUAAAAAAGUAUCCUAAACAUCCUUUAAGACCCUUUUUGAAAGGAAAAGCUUGUAGUGAAUGCAGAUUUUGCGCAGGAACAUACUGCGAUUCAAGACAUCCUUUACACCGAUACGCAAACAAGUACGAAUGCGCUAAAUGUGUCAGAUGUAUUAAAGGAUUAUGCACGAAAUAUUCUCACUAUGCAUAUGGUUAUAUGUGA